ACUUACUUCUGAAAAUUAAUUGUAAACUGCAUAAAUUUUAUAAAUAAUUUUAUUUAUCUCAAAUACUAUUGAUCAAUAAGGUAUAGUUAAUACUCCAUCCGUUGGUUUUACAUGAUCUUUUGGAACUAUAUUUUUGUUCCAAUAUAUGUGACGUCUUCCAAAAAUCUAUGUAAAAUAUAGCAAUAGUAGCUUUAUUUACCCUUUACAUUAUUCAUUCUAGUUAACAAAUUCAAUUCAUCUACCUUCUACGUUAGUUAAUGAAAGAGGAUAGUAAAGGAAAUAUAUAAGAUGUCUUGUUUUAUGUGAAAAGCCAUAGAACAUCAUAUAUAUAAAAACAGAGAUAGUAACAAUUUAAGACAUUUCAAUCACUUUCUUAAUCAAUGUGACACUUAUUAAACAUAUAUAGAGAAUUUAUUUAUUUUUGUCUCAAAACUAGCAUUCCAAGCUGUAAAUCAGAAUAAUAGCUUUCAUUAUUAUCCCCACUCAUUAAUAAAGCAAAAAAAAAUACAUAAACAAAAAGAAACUCGUCAGUUGAAUGCUCUCUUUCUCUCGACAUCGAUCAUGGUGUCCCCACCGUCGCAACUGCCGGUGAAGACCAAAUCACAGUGAACCUUCUCCAUCAACACUCUUAACAUUCAAAACCGUAAAUUAUAGAUGUAAAUUUUGAAUAUUUCAGAUUGAAAAUUCAAAUUAGAGUUAUUUGGUUGGAAAUUUGGGAUUUUCUCCUCGUGACUUUGAUUUUCGAAAAAUUAUGAGAGUAGUAGUGGAUGCUCUAAGAUUCAUCUCUCAAUUUCUUAUUUGUUAUACUUGAUUUGUUCAUUCUUAUUUUGAUAUGUAAAUUUGGAUUGUGAGGUACCAUAACGAAGUCAUGUUUAACUAGUGGUUUGUGAACUUUUUGAUUUAAUAAAGUCCAUUAUAUGUUUGAAUUCGUUGUUUUACUUAUUAGGAUUUCACAUAUUGCUUGUGAAAUUUUGUGGUUUUGUAGAUUUCAAAAGGAUAUAUAAAGGUCUUAGAAAAGCAUUCCAGAGGAUUCGAUAGGAGAUUCAUUCCCUACCAGACUAGCACUACGUAAGUUAAAGUAUCUUAUUGGUUUAGAGCCGAGCAAAGCAGUAUCAAUAAACCAAUAUUUAAAUGUUGGUUAUAUCAAUACUGUUAAGAGGAUUCUCAAACGAAAAGAGCUCAAGAGAAUCUGAGAGACAUUUAUAUGAUAUGUGAUCAAACUCAGUGAGAGGAAUUUAAAAUUAUUAGGGAAGAUACUCCAUGCCUUUCUCAGUAGAUGCAUCACAACAAUGAAGAAAAAUGAAGUGCGGUUUCAUUUUGGAGCUCAGCCAUUAAGAUUCUCCAUUAGGGAGUUUCACAUGAUGACUGUAGAGUUGUAAAAUGUGUUCGUCACGUCUAUUAGCAUAUAUCUAUUUAUCCACUUAUUGUUUGUGGGCUUAGACUGGCCAUGUCCAUUAAAGACCGAACCCACUAACACUCAUAUUUUUAUGGGCUGUCAUGGGUCCAUAAUGGACCAUAUAUGAAGUUUUUAAAUUUUAAUUUAUAAACCUAGAAGUACAUAUACAAGUUCAUAAAAUUAAAGUUUAUCCAUAAAUCAAUUAGUAUAACAAUACUUAAGUUCAAAAGAAACACAUAAAUAACAUAAAUUCAUACAUAAUUUCAUAACUCAUAAGUUCAAACUCCAUAAAUCUAUUAGUAUAACAAUACAUAAGUUUAAAAAAAAACACAUAAAUAGCAUAAAUUCAUACAUAAUCUCAUAACUCAUAAGUUCAAACUCCAAAAAUGUAAUAAAUGCAUACCUAAGUUCAUAUAAGAAGCAUAAGUACACAUAAGUCUAAGCUCAUUUCUUAUCUUCUCUUCCAUCUUCCUCCAAGUCCAGUUCAUCACCUAAGCAAACAGUCACACACAAGCAAUUCAUCACAAGUCCAAAAGCCAAAGUGAAACCCAUAAACCAUUCAAAACAAAAGAAUCACAUUUUAUCUCUAAAUCACAAUACUGGUCACAUCAGAACUAAACUCAAUUCACCAAUAAUACAAAAUUAACCACAAGAAAAUUGGCUACUAGAAACACAUAAACAACGCAUAGUCUAAAACUCUGAAAUAGUUGCACUAUAAUGUAGCUCAUUACACAAGACAUGAAAACAAUCGACAACAAAACCUUAACUAACUGAUUUGGUUGUCAUAUUCAGAUAUUAUCAUCAAUAUGCAAUAGUGUCAUCGCUUAAUUUACUAGUUUAAAGCGAGUAUCAGUAAGUUGCAUGUUCCUAACCUAUUCACAUACUGAUCAUCUAACCAAAUUCAAAAAUAAAGAACUUACACAUGAACUCAGACUUGACAUGUUUCCUUAGCUUCUUCUCCAACUUCCUCCAAGGGUUCAAAACUCACUUCAUCACCUAAGCAAAUUUGAUUAUCAGUUUCAAGUACAAAGAUAACCAAAUUCAAAGAUAAAGAUGAAAAGAACUUACACUUUACAUUGAUUAACAAUGCUAUAUAACCAUUGUCCAAGACAUUUUAAACUAGUAUAUUGCAACAGAGACUAGUAUAUAACCAAAGACUAAUCUAAGGGUUGCUAUCAAACACAUUAGGAACAAUCUAAUGAUCAAGGAACUUACAGUCUAAAGAGUCAAAUCCCAUUAGCCAAUUCAUUGCGCAAAUCAGUGUUCGAACAUUCGAAGGGAGAAGGCAUCUUAUAUAUUUGUUCAACACGCGGCUUCCAAUUCUGAAGGAUAAUUCUGAAGCAACUGUUGUGAUGGGUAUGCUCAAGACGUCACAUGCCAUUGAUGAGAGCUCCUUAAACCGAUUAUCAUUGUCUAUCCAAUAGGAGAGAACAUUAAAAUCUUGAAGGCUAUCAUGUCUAAAACAUGUUCUUCUAGGUACUUAUCCAUGGCUGAUUUCCCACUACCACCAGCAUUCUGUGAGAAGAAAGCGUAAUACCUAUGCAAACCGAAAUAAAAGUAGUAAUGAUCAGAACUUAAUGAACACAACGAUCAGACCUAAAUAAACACAGUAACGAACAAUGCAAUGAAACAAGCAAAGUAAGUAAAAAGCUUACAUCUUAUCCUGGUAAAGUGGUAUGUGUUGCAUGCUUUGAUCUUGAAGUUCCAGCCAUGGUUUUAUUUUUGUUCUUCUUGUAAACAUCAAACAACUUCUUCAGCUUCUUCCUAAUAUGAUCCAUUUUCGUCUUACUUGUGGCUGCAUCUAAAGUUGUGAAGCAAUAUUCCAGAAAUGUAAACUUCAGCUUUGGAUCAAGGACGGCAUCAAUGGCUAAGAUGUCACAAUACUCCUCUCAAUAAUUAUCGAACUUGAGCUUUACUGAAGACACCAUCUCACAAAUUACUUCAUCCCCAUUGAACUCAUUUGCUCUCAGCCAGUUCUCAAUCUUCCACACUUGCAUAAAAUAGAGAUUAGAUGUUGGAAAAGAAGAACCAGAAAUCAGAUUGGUCAUCUCAGCAAAUGGAGCCAAGAAAUCGCAAAUCAUUUAUGCCCUCUUCCACUUCUAUUCACUUGGACAGAAAUGAUAAGUUGCCUCAACUUCAGCAAGAUGGUGGAAGGCAUCUCUAUACAUGAUGUAUCUUUCUAUCAUACGAUGGGUGGAAUUCCAUCUUAUUGCUACAUCCAUAACCAACCCUGGCAACACACCAUUUCCUUUAGGUUCAAUAGCCACUGUUUCCACACAACUCUCAAACAAUUUCUCUCUAGAUUCAGUCACUUUUACAAACUUGAAACUCUCUCUUAUUUUCUCCAACGCUCCAUCAAUAACACUCAGUCCAUCUUGAACUAUCAAGUUCAAGAUAUGAGCAACACAUCUUACGUGGAAGUACACUCCAUUGUAUACCAAUUCUCUUUGAAGCUGCCUCUUGAGAAUGAAUUGCUUGUCAUUUGCUGAAGCAUUAUCGAUAGUGAUUGUGAAGACUCUCUACUCUAGCCCCCACUCUUUCAACAACUCCACUAUCUUCAUUGCUAUAGCACCACCAGUAUCAAGAGGAGGAAAUGCUUAAAAGCCGAGAAUGCUUGGCAUCAGACUCCAAUCUCCAUCUAUGUAGUGAGCCGUCAAAGUCACAUAUACUCUUCAACUGUAAGAGCUUUCCAUAUGUCAAUUGUUAAGCAAAACCUUCCUCGAAUUUCAUUCAAUUGUUGUCUCAGUUUCAGCUUCUCCUUCUCAUAUAUCUUCAAACAGUCGCUAGUAGCUGUAAUCCUACACCAGAACUCUAUACUAGGAUUCACAUAAAUAAGUGCUUCCCUAAUUCUUCUAUACUCAACAAAAGAGUAUGAUAAGUUAUGCUCAAUCAAGGCUACUACAAUCAACUCACGAAACACAUGCUGAUCUAUCUUUCUACCAGUUCCAGGUGUACCAGGGACAAGAUUCAAAGUACAGACUUUCAUAUGAUGCAAAAGACUCGAGGUUCAACUCCUACGCAGGUUUAAGCAGUAGUUGUGUUUGCAGAAUUUGCACUAGAUGUCAUUUGUGCCAUCUAAAUACUUCUCUCGUAUUAUAUUAUAAUGCUUCCAACAUUUGGAGUGUAUGUGUUUACCUCCUUUUUUAUGUGGGUUUCAGCUGUGCUCAUGAGAGUAUCCUCCACUCCUACUACUUUAUCUUCAUCUCCAUCUGAGUUUUGAUCCAUCAGCUCAUCCCCACUCAUGUAGUAUAUGUCAUUUAGGUUCAUAAUAUACUCCUUGUCCAUCCAGAAACAAAAAAAAAAACAAAAAAACAAAAAAACAAAAAAAAUGAUUUCAUAAACUUAUCAAGUAAACAAGCAAUGAAAAUUUAUAAAUCCAUAGCUUAACUUAUCAAGCAGACCUAUCAAACCAAACAAACUCAUAUUUUAGUGAUUUCAAUGACUAAACUCAUAUACCAGAAAAUGAUUGCAGUGACUAAAGUUAAUAAGUUAAACUAAAUCUCAACGAUUUAAGUGUGAUUGGGUUUGAUUAUUGUUGUUGUGAUUGGAUUUGAUUGUUUGUGUAGAUAUAUGAAGUAUGUGUUGUUAUUGUUUGUUUUAAUGUUUUUGAAUUUUGUUUUUUUUUGUGGUUUAUUAUUGUUCAUUAUGUAUAACAAAUUUUAUUAGUGAUCGUUUGAUGAUCUUUUUGUUUUCACUAUUUCUAGAUAUAGAUUUCAAGUCAUUUUAAUGUCUAAUUGAAAAGAGAAAUAAAACAAAAAACUACGAAGAUAAAAAAAAAUGAAAUUUUGAAGAUAUCAAAAACAAUCUUUUUGGGACGAGUAUAACAAAGUGAAGAAGGACCCGAUCUUCAGCCAAAUUGUGGAGAUCAAUGACCAUAGUUUUGGGACUUUUAUUCACUUCAUUAACAAAAAGCUUAUCAAUUCAAAGUUUCAUAAUUUGUGGUUUAUCUGUGCACGGAAGUUUUUACGCUUUUGGACCUUAAUUUUAAGACGUAAACAACGUAUACUUUGAAGUUGGAUGAAUGAUAAAAAAAAAUUGUAAUAUGAUGCUUAAAUGAGGUGGCAGACUAGAAUAAAAAAAAUAAAGAAAUAACAUUUUAAAGUUUGUAACAAACGGUCGUAUUGAAUACGAUGAGAGUAGUUCAAUGAACUUAUGACUUUGAUAAUCAAAAAGAAAGAGAAUAUGAAGAUAAUUGUGUCUUUAAAUUCCUGCAUAACAUAUAUUAUGUAUUAUAAGCUUUGUGGGUGAGUGUGUUUUAGUUAAAUUGAUAUUUUUUUCGUUUUUAUUUGGUAUAUUAGAUAUUUUAAGCUUACUAAUCAAUUUUUGAAUAUUUUGUUUGAACAACAAUUUGACUAAAAAAAUUAUUUUAACAAAUUUUUAUUCAUUAAAUGUUUAUGUAUAUCAAUAUAAUUUCUUGUAAUUUUAUUUAUUAAAUGUUUAUUCAUAUCAAUGUAAUUAUUUGUAAUUUUAUAUGUUUUAUAAUUUCUUGUAACAAAUUAUUUUAACAAAUUUUUAUUUAUUAAAUGUUUAUGUAUAUCAAUAAGUUAGUUAAGUUGUUCUAUUUUAGUAAACUUUUAUUGUAAUUUUAAUGAUUUCGGAUCUUUCGUUUAUAUAUUAUAAUGAAUUUGAAAAUGAAAACUAAAUUUAAAUUAUAUUUUGUAAUUUUAUAAUCUGUAAAAAUCUUACAUUAUUGAAUUUGUAAUUUAUAAAUCGCAAUUAAAAUCUUACUCAACUAUAUAACUACAAUAAUAAAUUUAGUUUGAUAAUUUUUUUAAUAAAUUAUAAAUAUUUUUUAAAAUAUUUUAAUUAAAAUCAAGAAAAACUUAUAAUUUAUAAAUAUUAAAUAAAAUGUACAUGUUAGGUUGUACUAUUGAUUUUAAAAGUAAUUAAAAUAUAUAAAUGAAUAAAAUAACCAGUUAUAUUAUAAUUAUACUACAUGUUCACUUUUCUCGUAAAAUCAGUUUUUCCAAAUUUAGGUGAAUUCUUGAUUUCUUUUUUUUGUGUGAAAACACCAUUAAAAUUUCAGUUUUUUUUUGGUGAAAACGAAAUGACAGCGCAAUAUAGAAGAGCAUGGUGGCAUGAAAAAGAGAAGGAGAAUAACUUUAUUUCUCUCUCUUCCCGCUCCUCCCUCUCUCCCUCCUCCUUUGACAUUCUACCAGAAAAGAAAAAGGAGUUGAAAUUUCAACUCUUUCGACCUAUUUCUGGAGGGCUUAUCGUUUCUACAAGCACCAUUCUUCUCCCCAAAUUUUCAUUUCCUUUAUUCUUGUCUCCUUCCGAGGAAUCCGGUUCCGGCACAAACCCAAAACAGAGAGGAGGAAAUAAUGGAAGGAGGAGGAGGGUCUGUUAACGAGUUACAUGGCGAUUCUAGUGCUGAUAUUGCGUUUGACUCAACGAUAGAGGAGCUUUGCAACAAUCUCUGUGAACUGGAGAGCUCUAAGCAGUCUCCAUCAAGGCACAUCUUUGGAUCCUAUGGUGAUGAUGAGUCAAAGAUUGAUUCUGAUCUCCAACACCUCGCUUUAGGAGAGAUGCACGAUUUAGAUAUCACCAAAGAUGAAGAAGGAGAAGAAGAGAAGGAAGUGGCAAAGCCUGAAGAUUCCGAAAUGGCAAGACCACCAAGUGCUGCUACUAAGUCAACCUCCUCAAAGUUGGAUACUGAGAAACAAGUCGGUAAGAAGAACGCGAACAUACCUAGCUCAGGACUCAGUAACGGCACGAGGAAGAAGAAAACAGGAACAGCAAAGUCACUAAACGGAAACGAAGAGCCAUCAUCUGAAAACGUGGAGCUGGCACGUUUCUUACUGAACCAAGCGAGGAACUUGGUUAGCUCCGGCGAAAACAUCAACAAAGCUCUCGAGCUAACUCUCCGAGCUAAUAAGCUCUUCGAGGCUUCCGCAAACAACGGGAAGCCGUGUUUGGAAUGGAUCAUGUGUUUCCAUGUCACAGCAGCGAUCCACUGCAGGUUAAAGGAGUACAACGAGGCGAUCCCGCUUCUUGAACGUUCCAUCGAGAUACCGGUUCUCGAAGAAGGCGAAGAGCACGCGCUAGCCAAAUUCGCUGGUCUGAUGCAGUUAGGCGACACUUACGCGAUGGUGGAGCAGCUAGAGAACUCGAUCUCCUGUUACACCGAAGGGUUGAAGAUACAGACGAAGGUUUUGGGAGACAACGAUCCAAGAGUUGGCGAAACGUGCAGAUACUUAGCUGAAGCUCUGGUGCAAGCGUUACGGUUUGACGAGGCUGAGAAGGUUUGUCAAACGGCUCUCUCUAUACAUAGAGAGAAUGGUUUACCAGCUUCGCUCGCGGAGGCGGCAGAUAGGAGGCUAAUGGGACUUAUCUGCGAGACCAAAGGAGACCACGAGAACGCCCUUGAGCAUCUGGUGUUAGCCAGCAUGGCUAUGGCGGCGAACGGACAAGAGUCUGAGGUUGCUUUUGUUGAUUCCAGCAUCGGUGACUCCUACUUGUCUUUGUCACGGUUCGAUGAAGCGAUCUGUGCUUACCAAAAGUCUCUCACAGCGCUUAAGACAUCAAAGGGAGAGAACCAUCCAGCUGUUGGUUCGAUUUACAUCCGUUUAGCUGAUCUCUACAACCGAACCGGGAAAGUUAGAGAAGCGAAGUCUUACUGUGACAACGCUCUUCGGAUAUACGAGUCGCAUAGCCUAGAGAUUUCUCCUGAGGAGAUUGCUAGCGGUCUUACGGAUAUCUCUGUGAUCUACGAGUCUAUGAACGAGGUGGAGCAAGCUGUGACGUUGUUGCAAAAGGUGCUGAAGAUAUACACUGACUCUCCUGGUCAUAAGAUGAUGAUUGUGGGUAUCGAAGCUCAGAUGGGAGUGUUGUAUUAUAUGAUGGGGAAGUACUUGGACUCGUACAACACGUUCAAGAAAGCUGUCUCGAAGCUACGUGCGACGGGGAAGAAACAAUCGACGUUUUUCGGAAUCGCGCUUAACCAAAUGGGUUUGGCUUGCGUUCAGCUCGACGCUAUAGAGGAGGCUGUUGAGUUGUUUGAAGAAGCCAAGUGUAUUUUGGAACAAGAGUGUGGUCCUUAUCAUCCUGAAACGCUUGGAUUGUACAACAACCUUGCAGGAGCUUAUGAUGCAAUUGGCAGGUUGGAUGAUGCAAUUGAGCUGCUAGGGCAUGUGGUUGGGGCUCGAGAGGAGAAUCUAGGGACAGCGAAUCCUGGAACAGAAGAGGGGAAGAGAAGGUUGGUCCAACUAUUGAAAGAAGCUGGUAAGGUUACAGGAAGGAAGGCUAAAUCCCUCCAGACUCUAAUUGAUUCUGAUCUCAUGACUUUCUCAGCUCUUCGUUAAUACAUAUCCUGUUGUUUACCUUUUUCUUCUAUAUAUAGAAAAAUGUGCAUACGUUAUUUUUUGUCAUUUGUGAUUAUUGUUUGUGGAAGUUCAUUUGUCUUUGAUUCGGUGUACUUUGGAUAACACUCUCACAUAUUUGUUUUAAUUGUUGAAUGAGAAGAUCAUUACCACUUUAGAUAACUGUUAAAGUCA